CAACUCAUACGGGACUGGUGGCGCCUCUCAGGUCAUUUCCAGAGGUUCAAGUAGUGAUAAACAACAUUUUCAACAGUCGGAUUGUUGCACUGAGCUCCAACAAAGGACUCAUGUCGAGCCCCCAGGACAUCAUCCUAAGUUACCACGACGUCCUCAUCCGUAAAAAUGACCUUCAAACCCUGGAAAACCACUCAUGGCUCAACGACACCAUCAUCGGUUUCUACUUCGACUACCUAGAGCGCGAGAAAACCAAAGAAUCCCCCGAGAACAUCGUCUUCUCGAGCCCUGAACUGAGCCAGCUCUUGAAGCUCAUGGACGUCCAGGACUAUGGAGCCAUCCUGGACUCCAGGAUAACCCAGGAAACCGAUUUCGUGUUCUUUCCGGUGAACAACUGCGACGACAGGGAGGACCCGGGUGGUGCCCACUGGAGUCUCCUAGUUUAUUCCAAGCCCGAGGGCUCGUGCUUCCACUUGGACUCCAGCGGGGGCUUCAACGGGACCAUCGCCAGGGCAUUCUCCAGGAAAAUCCUGGAGUUCCUGACUGGGGGGAAGGGGAAAGGCUUUGUCGAGGUGAAGUGUCCGCAGCAGGAGAAUUCCUACGACUGUGGGAUCUUCGUUCUCUGUUUUGCUGAAGUUAUUUUGAGACAUUUGGCAGGGGCUGGAGAAGUGGGAGGAUGCGACUUCCAAGGGGUGGAGGGGGAGGUGAAGAGCGCGAGGAAGCGGAUUCUGGAGUUGAUCAAGGAGUUGAGUAGAAGGGACGGCAAAUGAGAGGAUUGAUGAGAAAUGAAUGGGUUAUUUUGUAUUUGUUGCUCCUGAAUAAAAGGAUUGUAUUUGGCAAA